AUGCCCCGUCAGAGCCUUCGCCUUAAGGCGGCCGAGAAAAUCGUCGCCUCUGCCGCCGCUUCGACGGCCAAGCAGAAACGCAAAAGCGUCUCGGCCGUUAAAGUGUCGGUGGAAGUAUCCACCUCCACGCCACCCCCCAAGCCCAAAAAGGUCAAGACGUCCUCCGCCGGCGAUAAGAGCGCGUGGGGGGCACUAUUCUCCAAGCCCAAGAAACAAGAGCACGCUCGUCCGCUGACGGCGGAGCCCAUUUCUGCCGAACUUCAAGCGAAAAUCGACGCAUUUCCUUCCUUUGAGGACGUUUCGCGACGCUCGGCGGACGAUAUCGACACAAAAAUCGUCGCGUGGAACGUGAAUGGUCUUCGUGCUGUCCUCAAGCGCGACGAAAGUGUCCACCUUCGAGCCUACGUAGCUCAGGAGGACCCCGACAUUUUCUGUCUCAGCGAGACCAAAAUCUGCCGCGACGAGCUCCAGAAACUCGAGGACUUUUUGCCCCAAUACGAGCACCAAUACUGGUCCUGUGCAAUCAAAAAAGGGUACGCCAGCACAGCUAUUUUUACUAAGACCAAACCUCUGAGUGUCAAAGACGAGAUCGUCGUGGGCGACCACGACUCUAAGGGGGUCGCCAAGUCCGCGAACGGCGGGAAAGACCAGGAAGGACGCUUUCUAGCGCUGGAAUUCCCUAAAUUCUGGCUGGUCCACACGUACGUGCCCAAUGCUGGAGGGAAACUGGAGCGCUUGGAUUUCCGAACGACCCAAUGGGAUAAGGCCAUGCACCGCGAGAUGAAGGAGAUGGAGAAGACGAAGCCUGUGAUCUGGUGUGGGGAUCUGAAUGUCGCUCAUCAAGAGAUCGACAUUCACAACCCCAAGGGGAACCACAAGAGCGCAGGCUUUACGGACGAGGAGAGGGAGAGCUUCGGCGAGAUCCUGGAGGACGGGUUCGUCGACACGUUCAGACACUUGCAUCCGGACACAGUGGAGUACUCGUACUUUGGAUACCGCCACAACAUGCGCGCCAAGAACAAAGGAUGGCGACUCGACUACUUUGUCGUGUCCGAGAAGUUACUGCCCCAUGUGCGUCGUCGGCAGUGA